GGAAGGGGAGUGUUGUGUGAGGAAGUAACGUGACUUCUUCUUUCUGUGUGAGAUCCACAGCAGCAGAUUCCCUUUGACAGGCUUUUCUCUAUCUCUCAGGAAGUGGAUUUAAAUGAAGAUACAGCUGGAUGAACAGAUGUUUUCUGCUCUGUGAUGAAAACUGAGUCUGUGACCAGGAUUAUCAUGAUCCCAUUCAUUCUGCUCUCAUUGUUCUGCCACAGCUCACAGGAUGGAAACACAGGAGAACAGGUUGUUCUGCAUUGUGGACCUAAGAACCUGACGCUGAAGUCAUCCGCCCAGACGAUCGAGGCGACGUGGGAAGACGACCCAUCAUGCUCUGCUGGGAAUGAUGAGCUCAUCUAUGAGCUGCUGGUUCUUGUCGGAGACGAGCAAGUUCAUCACGAUCUCGUUACCGUGACGCCCGACCAGAUCGGAUCCCCUCACAUCUGGGGGUGGACGUCACACGUGGCCUUAGAGUGCGAUUCCCAUUCGGUCAUACUCAGUGUCCGAUACAAAAACUACACAAGCCCCAGGAGACAAGAAGAAACCCUCCCAGGAAUGAAAAACUCCAAAGGUCCAGAGGUUUAUCCACGAGACAAAGUGUUUGAGGUCGGCAGCAGAGCCACAUUCUGCUGUGUUCUGCCAGCAGGAGGAACCUUCAACCACAUGUAUCUGGUGGGUUAUAACAGAUCUGAUGGGAACAUCACACAGAUCAACAAUCAGACGUAUUCACUGACCAUCGUCCUGAACCAGCCGUCGCACCCCAGCGGCACUGACGUCAAAUGUGAAGCAACAAUCCAACACAGGCAAACAGACAAUGGAGCUACUGCUUUCAUUGGCUACCCUCCUGAUGAUAAAGACCUUCAGUGUGAAACCAGCGAUCUGGAAUUAGUGGAAUGUCGCUGGACAGUUGGACGAGACACACACCUGCGUAAAGACACCAAUUACCAGAUUGUUGGAAGUGCAUAUGAAUGUGAUCCGGGGAAAUGCACGGGUAAAGAGGACGUGUCAGCUGGUGAGAGGACGUGGACGUUAAAGGCUGAGAAUGAGCUGGGGACGGUGGAACUGACGGACACAGCAGACCCGAUGAAAAGAGUUCACAUGUUGGCUCCAGAGUCAGUGACAGCUUCGACCGUGAAUCACAGAGACGUCAGGCUGCAGUGGAGCUGGAAGGUUCAACGCUACAAACAUCUCAACGUCACGUGUCAGGUGAACGUCAGCCCCGCUGGAGCUCAUGAGCCGAAACCAAACUCUGGAGUCGGUCUUGAUUUUGCAGUUUUGAUGAACCUGAUUCCAAACUGGUCGUAUAACGUGACAGUUCAAUGUCGAACAACACAACAUUCUUCGAAAUGGAGCAACUGGAGCUCGCCAUUCAACUUCCACACUAAGGGAGAUGUUCCAGACGCUCUUGACGUUUGGAUGAAGAUGAAGGACAAUGAGAUUUUAAUUAUCUGGAAAAUUCUGCUGGAGAACCAGAGUCAUGGACACGUGUUGGACUACACAGUGACCUGGUCAAAGAUCGAAGGGACAGAACAACACAACACAACCACAGUGACUCACAACCGCGCCACACUCAGUCUGGACACAACCCAACAGUACGUUGUCAACGUUACAGCUCGGAACUUAAACGGCAGCUCGUCCCCAUCGACCAUCAUCACCCCAUCGUCAUCCUCUGUUGGACUGAACACAAGCUCUCGGAUCAAGGGCGGCGGCGGCGGCUUCAAUCUGUCCUGGUCCUCCAGUCCUGCAGCGAGCUGCGGCUACAUCGUGGACUGGUGGCCGACCUCGGGUCCCUCGAUGGUGACGUGGCUCAAAGUGCCUCGAACCAACGUCUUUUUGAGUGAAAACUUCACAGAAGGACAGAGAUACUCGAUGUCUAUAUCUGCCUGCACCCGAGAAGCUCCGCUGCUGCUGGAAACCAGAGAGGGCUACGUCAAGGAGCAACGGAUACAAGACGACCUCUUUAAAAAUUUGACAUUGAAACAGAAGGUUUCCGAUGUUGAGGUGUCCUGGGAUUGGAUAUCUCUAAAAGAGCAGACAGCUUUCAUCCAAGGCUACGUCCUGGAGUGGUUUGACAGUGAAGAGCCGAACAACAAGGCAGUCUACAAUGUGAGCACAGACGACCCGACGUCCACCAGCCUCACAGCCUCCGACCUGAAGACCGGCUCGUACACGUUCACAGUGAAGGCUCGGACCGCGCUCGGAGAAUGUGGCUCCAAAUCGUUAAUCGUCACCGUCAAUUCACUGACUGAUAACCUGAUGGAGACCGUGGUCAUUUCCCUGGUCGUUGUUUUCAGUCUCCUUACGCUCAUCAAUGUCGUCUGCUACAGACACUGGGCCUGCAUCAAACAGAAGGUGUACCCCCCCAUCCCGAGGCCCCUGCUGACGGACACGUGGCUCAGAUCAACAGGUGAACACAGUCUUCACGUGGAUCAGGGUCCCAGUGAGGUGGACAUCAUGGACGCUCCACAGCUGCUGUGUAAACCGGGAGUGCAGGUCAACCAGAAUUUAGUUUCCGCUCCAGCCUCCACCUACCAGCCUCCACCAAACCUCAUCUUACCCCCGAGAUCAGCCCCGUCUCCGUCAGGUUUACCCUCCUCGUCGUUCAGAGGCGCUUUUAACAACCUGUCCUACCACCUGAUGAUGCAGACUGAGGAUGCACAGCCUCCGGAGGGUCACGCCAACGAAUUCCGAGCUCCGACCUUCACCCCCGACCCGGCAGAAGAGGAACCAGAGAGUCACAUGACCUGUGUCUUGACUUACAUUUCAGUGCCACAGCCAACAUCUGAUGAACAUAUGACAAAUAUCACUGACACAGAAACAAGCAAAACAAGCCUUUCAAAAUCCACGAGCUGUUUGAGUUACAGUGAAACUUAAAGUCAGUCACACUCACAAUAGUUUGGUUCUUCUUUAAUUGGAGGAGAGUGAGAAUGAAAUGAUGUAGAAGACGAGUAUAAAAAAGAUAAAUACAUUUAUUUAAACAGCACUUUUCAGAAAAAAUUCACAAAGUGGUUUUCAACAGAAUUACAACAAUAAGAACUAGAAAUGAGGCAGAAAUAUUAGACAAAUAUUCAUUUAUAUCUAUUUAGUGUAAAACUAAUCUGGGAUCACUGAGAGAAUCAGAAUCCAACACAUCUAUGAUGCUUUGAUAGUUGUGGGAGGAGCUGGAGCCAAACCCUGCUGACAUUGGUCGAGAGGCGGGUUCACAUUCCUCCGUCAAGGCCCAUCAGUCCAAUACAUCCGAUUUAUUUAGAAUCAAGAUCCACCAAAGAAACAAACUAACGUGCUUCGUCCCUUCAACACAUUUCACACAGGAAACAUUAUUCAUGGAUUAGAGGGUUUUUCAUUAACUUUUACUCAAUGUUCGGCUUUAUCGAACAUAUCAAAUCCUGACUGAUGCACUUUUCUUUAUGUCUCCAGGAAAAUCUCUGCUUCAUUAAAAUCCUGCUGAACUUUAA